CCUUAAAUCAGCGCCGGGGCUGGGUUCCUGAGGAAGGCUCUGCCGCCCAGCAUGGAGGGCCCGGCCCGGCUCCUCGCUUCCCUCCUGCUGCUGCUCGUGGGCUGUUUUGGCCUCUGCCGGGCCGGCCUCUACUUCAGGGAGGGGCAGAGCUGCUACCGGCCGGCCCCGCGCAGGGCCGUGGGGCUGAGAACCUACCCCCGGCCUCACGAAUACCUGGAUGUCUCUGCGCUCCCAGAAAGCUGGGACUGGAGAAAUGUCAACGGCAUCAACUACGCCAGCACCACUCGGAACCAGCACAUCCCGCAGUACUGCGGGUCCUGCUGGGCCCACGGGAGCACCAGCGCCUUAGCAGAUCGAAUCAACAUAAAGAGAAAAGGUGCAUGGCCUUCUGCCUACCUCUCUGUACAGAAUGUGAUUGAUUGCGCUAAUGCGGGGUCCUGUGAAGGUGGAGACCACACGGGUGUUUGGAUGUAUGCCCACGACCACGGCAUUCCAGAUGAGACCUGUAACAACUACCAAGCUAAGAAUCAAAAAUGCAAGAAGUUCAACCAGUGUGGAACUUGUGUCACUUUUGGAGAAUGCCAUGUGAUAAAGAACUACACUCUCUGGAAAGUUGCUGACUAUGGUUCUGUCAGUGGAAGGGAAAAAAUGAUGGCAGAAAUCUAUAAGAAUGGACCAAUUAGCUGUGGUAUAAUGGCUACUGAAAAGCUGGAUGCUUAUACUGGAGGACUCUAUACAGAGUACAACCCUUCACCUACCGUGAAUCAUAUUGUAUCUGUGGCCGGCUGGGGUGUAGAAAAUGGAACAGAAUACUGGAUUGUUCGCAAUUCAUGGGGUGAACCCUGGGGUGAAAGAGGAUGGCUGAGAAUUGUGACAAGUGCAUAUAAAGGUGGAAAAGGAGCACAGUACAAUCUUGCUAUUGAAGAGGACUGUGCGUAUGGAGAUGUUUUACUUCCUUGAUUCUGUACUGUACAUUUUUCUGUUUAAAGAAUAGUCUAAAACUUUCACAGUUCAACUUUCAGGCAGUUUACAAAAUUAGUCCAGGUAACACAACACACAGUAUUAAAAAUAAAAUGCAAGUUGCCUUCAGAUAACUACUUAAAAUUUAAAAAUUAAAGUAAUUUACCAAUGAAAAA